CGUUAAGCGGGGGUUGCCUGUACAACCUUUUCUCUUACAUCUUGGUUCUUUAUUUCUGAUAUGUUAGUGGACUCAACCACAACAUAUUCACACCAGUUUUACUUUAAAGUUUGUUGGGUGUUUAGAAGUCAGUGUGUCUGAUAUUAGACAGCCCUUUCAUCUCACCAUGAUUUUGGCUAUCACAGUAUUCUGUCAGCACAAAUAAUACUUAUUUGAUUCUUUUGGCAAUUUACCAGAUGAAACAUUAAUCCUUAUAGAAACCAGUGGAAAAUGUUUCAAAAUAAAUAUGACUAGAAUUAGAAGUAAAUAUGAAAACAGAGAACAAUUAUGAGCAUUUAGCUUAUAGUAACUGUUUUAUAAAGUGUGCAUCACCAGACUGGUGGAUGCUGUUAGCAUAAAAAUUUGGAAUCAAUGUUUUAUAGCAUUUAAAUAUAGUACAUCAAGAUGUGUCACAAGAGAUAGUUUUGGAAUGUGUAUUUCCAGAGAACUUUGGGGCCAUUGACUGACCCCCUCAUUAAAACUACUGGUGGUCAUCCUCGGACUUUGAAUAUAAUUCGUUCCAGAAGGUUGUUCGAUGUCUGAAUUUUUUGAGAUCUGAGACUGUUUUCCCCUACAGGAAACAAUUCUAAUCAUUUUAGUCUGCUCAAGACCCUAGAUUUUUAUCUAAGUAAAUAAGAAUUGAACUAUGUAAAAUCAGUAUUAUUUGCCCUUUGAUGGUGAGCUUCUUAGCACACGUAGAUGAUGGUGUGGGAGAACUAGGGAGGCUUGGCAUUAUGUACAUACUAAUCUUUGCCUUUGAGGCUACACCUCAAUACAGCCUCAAUGAGAACUUUGUUUUGUUUUAUAUAUGUGAAAUUUUGUCACGACAGUUUUUGUAUUUUUGUUAGUUACAAGAUCAGUGUACUUAUAUGAAAAUUUACUCAAUUAUUCUACCUAGUUAAGUGACCCUGGUCAAAUGAAAAACUGGUCAAAUGUCCUGACCCCAGCUGGGAAUAAAAGCAAGUCAAGAAUGUGGAACCAAAACAAACAGGAAACUGGUGUUUGCCUUCCACCAGCAUUGCUGGUACAUAUGACCCGGGUUCAGUUACAUUUGGCCGAAUUUGGAUUUUUCAAAGUCCAAAUUUGGUUCGACUUCUGAGGGUAAAAUGUUGAAAUUUUUGUUCAAAGUCCGAGGGUCCACUUUACUUGAUUUUUUUUCUCUUGAUAUUGAAGAUUUCUUCUCGCCAUUGACUCGGUCCAUCUGAAAUCAGUAAGACAGAAUGGAUGGACAACUUUAAUUUUCAAACCAAAAUAAGUUUUAGGAAACUUCAUUAUUUGCCAGAGAAGUUUGGUAUCUACUGCAGUAGAACCACAUGUGCUGUGGGAGCCGAGACGUCCCAAGUGCGUGGUUUCAAAUUCUGGCCAUGGUUUAAGAGUGAAGGGCCUUCCACUCACGGUGAUGGAUCCCAAACGGGUGGGUUUCCAGAUAAGAGGUAUCCAAAAAACCUCCUUUAGUCUGUUAAUUCUCUGAAAAAAAAAACCAUUUUAUAUUAAAAAAUUGUACUCUCCUCUUCUGUAAUUGUCUGUCUUUAGCCUCUCUGUCAUUGCCACACUGUUACAACUUUUGCUGUCUUUUACCACUAUCCACUAUUUUCACACUAACUGGUCUUUUAGUCUUUCUAAAUACUUGCCUCCCUCUCUUCUGUGAUAACUCUGUAUAAAACUCUACUUUCUCUCCUUUAUCUUGUCCACCCAGUAUUCUCAACCAUUCACUUUUUUUGUAAACUUUGGAAUCCCCUCUCUUCUCAUGAUUCAGCUCUUAAGAAGAUUUCAAGACACUUAUUCUUCCGUUUUCAGUGAGUCAACUUAACCUCACUUUUGGGAUUGGCACUCAAGUGAAUCUUUUUUGUGUGUAUUAAUUAAUUUUUCAUUUAUGUUUUGUCAACUCUAUGUUGUUUGCUUGCCAUUUGUUUACAAUUAUACAAAUGCUUUGCUUUGCCUUGCCUUGCCUUGCCAUUCCUUACCUUGCCUUAACAAUGGAAGAACAGUAGCCUCCCAGUGUUCCCCAAUAAACUUGCCUUUCAGAGGAUAUUCCAAUAAAUGUAAUCGGUAUUCAUUGUUGUCUUGGGACCACAGAGACAAGUCUUACAUGAAGAAGGGACAAAUAUAUGCCAGAAAAGUUGAGUAUGUAUGUGUGACACAAGACACUCAAACGUUUGACAUUUUUCCCAAAGUUAAAAAAUUUACAGAAAAGUGCAAAUGUGGUUGCACCUUUAGAAGAAAUAGUAAAAAGUGUCAAGGAAAGUUAAGUAUAGUGUUUCAUUCUCUGUAAUUUAUUUAUAUUUAGGAGCAGCUUGGUGUUUGGAUAGCUAGAAGGUUACAUCUCUUGCCUCAUAAAUAUUCAGGUGAAAGCAAAGUACAGGUACACUGCUCAGAAUGCAGAUGAGCUCACUUUCCCAAGACAUGCCAUUAUUCAGAAUGUGAACAAGGUGGAGACAGAGUGGUGGAAGGGGGACUAUGAGGGAUUGCAGCAGCACUGGUUCCCAGCCAACCACGUGGAGGAGAUCCAGACAUGGUCACUACAGGGAGAGGACAGCUUUAUGUUUGGUGACUUACAGAAAGGCAACCUGGACCUGCGAGGAGCUGAGGCAGCAGUGGAGCCCUAUGAAGAGGACAACCCGUGGGGCAUCAGAUUUAUCAUAAGACUAAUGUUAGCUAGUGAUUACCAAGAGCUGAAGAUUGGCUGUGUUUCGGAGCAACAGGCCAAAGAUUGGAAGGACAAGAUAAACCGUGUUGCUGCAAAAGGAGAUUUGGCAAGUGCCACCGUUCAGACUCGCCAACAGGAGACUGAGCAGCGUAUCAGUCAGGAGCUGAGUAACCUGGUGGUGUAUUUCCAAUGUGUGAAUUUUAAAGUGGAGCGGCCUUCCCCCUAUGAAAUAUCCUCUUUUCCGGAAAGCAAGAUGGAGCGCCACAUACAGACCAUCCCAAAGGCCCUUAUUGAUUUUCACAGGAUUGGGUUCAGUCGUGUGUAUCCAAAGGCAACACGUGUGGAUUCUUCAAAUUACAAUCCAGUGCCUAUGUGGAACCAUGGUUGUCAAAUGGUGUCUCUUAACUACCAGACUGGAGAUAAACAUAUGCAAGUGAAUGAAGGAAUGUUCUUGCAAAAUGGGAAGUGUGGCUAUGUGCUGAAACCCAAAUAUCACAUGGACCCCGAAUAUGAUCCAUCUCGGCCUAACCACUUUAGUGAUAUCUCCCUUGUUCUGGAACUAACAAUCUUUGGUGCACGGCACCUCAGCAAACCUGGACGAGGCUGCAUUUCCCCAUUGGUGGAGGUGGAGAUUAUUGGCUUUGGAGAAGACUCCAAUGGGAAGCGCACCACCAAAACAGUCCGUGACAAUGGCCUCAACCCAACGUGGUGUCACCUAAUGGGCUUCAAAGUGUCAAAUCCUGAAUGUGCUCUGAUUCGUUUUGUGGUUGGUGAUGAUGACAGCCUCAGAGAGCCCAGUCAGAUAGGGCAUGCCACCUAUCCAGUGUUGUGUCUGCGGGAAGGCUUCCGUAGUGUGCCUCUCAAAAAUCAUUAUUCUGAAGAAAUUGAAUUGGCAUCAUUACUCAUCCACCUAAAAAUUGAAAAAAUUAAUGAAACGGUGAUAAAGGAUAAACUCAAAUAUGAACUUCUGAAGAUGAUUGAGGAAGCCGAGAAAAAUAACGAUAAGGAGCGUGUCAUGCAUCUGCGAAGCGAUUAUGAAAGGAGAAAAUGAGGCAUGAGGCAGCAGCAGUACUCUUGACCCCUACUUCAUCACCAGUUAGGUACAUUAGUCUGAGAUAACAGUGGAAUGACAUACACCAUAACAAGCUGGCACAAACACAACAAAAACUGAUGACGGUAGUAGUGACGACCCACAGCACCCCUACCUAGCACCAAGCACCUCAGAUGAAGGACAAUGCCCCUAGGAAGGAUGCCAUUGGACAGAAUACAACCUCCACCCUUCUCGCAGACCCAGGAGCCAUCCUCAGUAGCCAGCAAGUGGAAGAAAUGGAUCAGAUCUUCACAUUUUACCUGGAAGUCACAGGUAUAACAAAUGCAGCCCAGAAGAGAGCUCUUUUGCU